UCUGCUAGUGAUUGGACCUCCACUAACAGCUUGCUUGUGUUUGUUUUCUCUGCUUGCAGCUGAGCUCAAGGAAUGGACGCUUGUCAUGAUGGGCUCCUCCACUCACCACACAAAACGUAACGGGACACCUGCCUCCAGUGAUGAUAAUGUCCACAAGUCCCAGCCCCUGCCAUGUCUAGGAAUUGUGACCAAUAGCAUCUGUAUAG